UCCAGACACAUCAGGCUCUUAUGGCCUUGAACAUGGAAGCAGUGUGUUCAGGUAAAUCAUGUGGUUUACAGGAAACCAGGGAAACUGUUUGUCCUGAUCAGGAAAAGAUGGAAAUCUGAGUUCAUUUCUUUCUGGAUCGCUGCAGGAAAUCUUCAGUACUUUCACUUUCACCUCCAUCCUGGUAUAAAUACAGAAACCCUGAAGGUUCCCUUUGAGACGAGAGCCUCAGCUCCAUCAGCUCAACACAACCAGCCUCAGCUCAACACAAAACUCACUGUGAUCUCAACAUGGGUGAUGUCAAAACUCUCGUCCAAGAAAUAUUCUCUUGGCUGAAACUGCAGGAAGAAAGUGCAAAGAAGUUGGAGAACCUGGCCAAUGAGAUGGAAGAACGUCAGAAAGCCAUUAAUGUCACUAAAGUUGUAGGGAGCUCUGUCUCUGUAGGUGGUGCAGCUGCCCUGACAGUAGCAGGGAUAACAUUCCUCACAGGAGGAGCAGCAAUACCUUUUAUAGGUGCAGCAGCAACAGUAGCAUCAGUGGCUGGUUUGGCUACAAACGUUACCUCUGAUAUCGUUGGUGCCGUUAAAUCAAAGAACACCAUGGAAGAGGCAGAGGAGAUUACAAAGAAGAUGGAAGAUCUUAAGAAGAAGAUUCAAGAACUUGUGAAGUCACUGAGAGAGGAGUGGCUGAAGAAAGAAAAACAGGAACCAGGAACUUCUCCAGAAGAUUAUGUUAUCAGAGAAAUUGUGAAAGAAAUAGCAAGACUCAACGGAUUUAAAAUGGAUGAUGAUUUGUACAAGAAGAUGUCUAGAAAAAAGCCUGGUGACAAUCUUCUCAACAGGAUCGAUUUCCCCAUGCUUUCAAACUUCAUUCUCACUAUUGCAGUUGAAAUAGCAGAUGAAGAACUGAGAGCUGCCAAGAUAGCUGCAGCAGAUCUCGCAGCGAAGGCCAUAGAGAAAGGUGCAGAAGAAGCCACAACAAGAUACGUAAUGAAAGAAGCAGCAAAGGUUGCAACGACAGCUGCUGUGGCAAAAACUGCUGCAGAAGAAGCUGCAAAAGCUGCAACAAAAGCUGGUCUGGAAGGAUCAGUUAAAGUUAUAACAGCAAAAGUCACAGGAGGAGAAGCAGCUAAGCUUAUUAUAGCAAAAGCCACAGCAGAAGAGGCAGCAAAGGUUGUAGCAGCCAGAGCUGCAGCCAAACAGGCAGCAGAACAGGCAGCAAAAGCUGCUGCAGCCAAAGCUGCAGCUAAAGCUACAGCUAAAGCUGCUGGACGUGCUCUUGGUGGAGCGAUUGGACUCGUGUUUACGGUUCCUGAGCUGAUUGGCAACUGUAAAGAUCUGGACAAAUGUGACACAAAAGCCAGUAAAUUCCUGAGAGAGAACGCCAGCGCCAUCCAGACAACUGCUAAACAGCUGAGAGGAGAACUGGACGAAAUGCAGAAAAUGUUUGGUGGGUUAGCUGCAGUUUAACGCUGCAUUGGAAACAAUUAUAAACUAUGUAAAGUUGCAAAGAAAACUGCCAAGAUGAGACCGUUCUGCAGAGACUGAGAAAGGAGUUUGACUCCUUUUUCAAACUCAUGGAGACGUUUCACUUCCUGAAAAAAUUUUUUAAAAAAAUAGAUCUUUGAAAAUGAAAAAAACAAUGAAUAAAUGAAUGAAAACAAUGAAUUUCUGGAUCUUCAGUAAGAAUCUGUUCUCUGUCAUUACAUCAGCAUGAACAUCUGAUUGCACUGUAGUGGACAUUUAUGUUAAUAAAUGAUCACCAAGAACA